AUGCACAACACCAGCAGCUCAUCCCGGGAAAGUCUCGGAAGUCAGCAAGGAGAAAGUAAAAAGAGCGAUAAAAGGAUGAAGACAGGGAAUGCUGUAGGUCCUGAUGGGAUACCUAUGGAAACCUGGAAGUCUUUUGGAGAAGAAGGCAUAGAGGGGUUGACAAAGAUUCUCAAAACAGUGGUGGAGAGUGGAAGAAUGCCUGACGAUUGGAGAGAGAGUGUCAUAGGGCCUAUCUAUAAGAACAAAGGGGAUGUACAGGACUGUGGGAAUUACAGUGGAAUAAAGCUAAUAUCCCACACACGAAAGAUCUGGGAGCGUGUGAUUGAUGCACGGCUUCGAGAAAUGGUGAAGAGUUCCAAGGGAAGAACUGUGGGCAUGUAUGAGAUCACGGAGAGGUAUGUAAAAGCAGUUCAGGACAUGUAUAAAGGGUGCCGGACCAAACUGAGAACACCUUGUGGAGAGACUGAGGAGUUCGAAGUUACAGUCGGGGUACACCAGGGAUCAGCGCUUAGCCCUUUCCUUUUCCUGGUCAUACUGGAAUGCUUAACAAAAGACAUUAGGAGACAGGCUCCGUGGGACAUGCUUUUUGCAGCUGUUAUAUGCACCAAGACAAGGGAGGAGGCGGAACGAAGAUUAGAAUCGUGGAGACAUGCACUCGAAAGAAGGGGCCUGAAAGUAAACCGGAAGAAAACAGAAUACCUGUGUACUGGUGGGGGAGAAAAAGAAGGUUCCAUUAAGAUCCAAGGGGAAGUGGUAAAUAGGGUAAAAGAUUUCAAGUAUCUCGGGCAACAGUGCAGGAAGAUGGUGGAAGUGGAGUGUGAUGAAAUCAAGAUCGGAAUUAAAACAGGAUGA